CACGCGGUGGAGGCGCUGGGUGACCCCAGGGGCACCGAGCCCUACCGGCGGAUCCUGGCCGCCCUCAACACCAAGGACUCGGGGGACAAGAUCCCGUACAUUAGCCGCCUGGGGGACCGGUACUACAACUUCUGGAGGGACGCGGCGCACCCCCAGGGCGUCUGGCGGCGCACGACCCUGGAGAUGAUAGCUACCGCACGGGGCGCCCGGAGUGGGAGGACGUCCUCGACCUCGAUCUCGAAGGGGGACCAGUGGAGGCAACGACGGCACUCAACGAGGGCCCUGACUCGCGAUGGGACCGCGUGCUGCUCCACCUCUCGCCGGGCGGGUCCGACGCGGCGGCCGUGCGCGAGUUCGACCUGGUGGCGAAGGCUUUCGUCCCCGAGGCGGAGGGCGGCUUCGUGGUGCCCACGGCCAAAACGCGCGUGA